AUGGUUGCCGUCACUCCUCACAUUCUCUUGGCGCUGGCCGCCACUGCUGUGGCUCUGCCCGCCGACAGGUCCACGCGCAUCGACGCCCGCGCUCCGCAGUUCUCUAUUCCGGCUGGCAGUUUCGGCGGCAGUUCCACCUCCAACGAUGUCACUGACGGCGUCUGUAAGCCCGUCACUUACAUCUUCGCCCGCGGCACCACUGAAACCGGCAACAUGGGCACAACCGUCGGCCCGGCUCUACAAGAGAAGCUUGAGUCCGCCCUCGGCGCCGACAAACUUGCCACUCAGGGCGUCAACUACCCGGCUGACGCCGCCGGCACCUUCGUCGGCAGUGUCUCACCCGGCCAAGCCGAGGGCAGCCAGAACUGCGCCACGCUGGUCAAGCAGGCUCUGUCAAGCUGCCCGGAUACCCAGAUUGUGCUUGCUGGCUACUCGCAGGGCGCGCAGCAAGUGCACGGCUGCCUCAUUGACUUGGACAGUACCUCGGCCAGCAAGGUUGCAGCUGCCGUCACUUUUGGCGACCCCCUCCAGGCCCAGGCCUUCAAGAACAUCGAUUCCAGCAAGACCAAGGUCUUCUGCGCGACCGGUGAUCUCGUCUGCACCAACCAGUUCAUCAUCACGCCUGCUCACCUGUCGUACGCGACUGCCAGCACGGGCGAAGCCGCUGAAUUUAUCCAGAGCAAGCUCAGCUCUUAG